AUGUCAAAAACCGAAGAAUUAAGAUACUAAAUUAACAUAUAUGCAUUAAAUAUUUAACGAGAAUUAGAUUCUAAGGAUGCUUUAAUAUAACUACUAGACCGAAAUAUUGACGAAAAUGAAGAUCUAUACUAAGUAACUGUAAAAAAUCAAUUAUUACAUUUAGAAAGUUUAUUAGAAUUGCAAAACUAACGAUUAAAGGGUUUAACAGAAGAAUUUUAAAGAGACAUAUAAAUAUUAGAAGAUGAAUUUGAAAUAGAAAGAUAAAGCAUGAUCAAAACUAACUAAUAACAUUUAUCUGAAUUAGAAGAUAUUAUAGAAACAGUAAAAGAUGAAGAAAAAAAAAAUCGAGAUGAUUAAUAAAAUGAAUAUUCAUAAUUCAAAGAAGAAACCAAAAAUAAAAAUUUAGAAGAAAUAAAUGUAAUGAAAAUAAUACUAGAGUCAAAAUAAACUAAAUAUUAUACUGAAUUAGAAUAAAUGAAUUCUAAAUUUUAAAGUGAUACAAGUAAUAAAUUUUAGGAACAUCAAUAUUACCAUAAUCAUAAUAAGAUUAAAAAAAAAGAAAUUGAUAGAUAUUUAAGAAUGAUUAGUUUUAAAAAAGCUAGAAUUGAUCUUGAAAAGAUUAAAAUUUUAUAACAUCAUUAGGACUUUAUGUUAAGAAAUUAAGGUUUACUUAAGGAAAAGGACAAUAUUUUAAAAAAUUAUCAUGAUCUCAAACAUAAAAUGAUAAGGUUUAGAGAAGAAGAAACCAGAAGGCUUAAAGAACUAACUAAUAACUCAAGAAAUACAGUAAUUCAAUUAAAAGACUAUAUUAAAUUAGGUUAAAGAAUUCUUGAAACUGCAGAAUUAUGUAGAAAAUUCGAAACUGAAUAAGAAAAAAUUAUUCCUUUUUAUAAAUAAACUUCAGAUAUUAGUGAAAUUCCCGAAAAAUACACUCAAGAAUAUAUUCAUUUAUAAAAAGAUAAAUCAGAAGAAUAUAAAUAUUUAGAUAAUUUCUUUAAAAGAUUUAAUAAAGUAUUACUUGAUAAAAUCGCUAUUUAAAGUUAAAAGGUUUAACUAUAUAAAAAUAACUAAACGCUCAAAUAUUUAUUAAAGUAAUAUCUAGAUGGAAUUUCAGUUAAUGAUGAUGUUAUUAAAAAUCAAUAUAAUCCUUUAUUUAUUGUUAAUAAUAAAUUCUCUCUUUAAUAUCCAUUAAAAAAAGAAGGAAGUCCUACUAAUAAAUAGGAAGGGUGUCAUAUUAUAAGAAAUAUUACACAUUAAUUAUAGAAUUAGAAGUAGUCAAGAUUAUGA